AUGGUGGCGUCUGGCAUUGCAUCACAUUGCGGCGAGCUCCAGGCUUACCGCCUGUUUGGGAAAGCUGCGGACCACGUAAUUUCACUGAUGUCGCUCGCGGUUGGUCUAGCUUUGCUUCGCGGAGAUGACCGGCACGAACUGUCGCCCAACGACAUAUUACCUCAUGCCAGCAGCAAACAUAUCGCGGCGCGAAUGCCGGUGCUCUCUCAGGCGGACUUGGAGGAGCCCGAACUGGGAGUGUGUGACCAGUCGACCAGACCUGUACCGCCCCGCGGACCUAGAUUGAGUCGUAUCUGA